AUGUCCGCUUUCUAUGGAGCCCCGAAACCAGAACCUGAAAUGAUCAAACUCAUCCACCACGCCAUUAAAUCUGGGGUUACUUUUCUCGACACCUCAGACUUCUACGGCCCUAAAACCAAUGAGAUACUCCUCGGCAAGGCUUUGAAGGAAGGUGCGAGGGAGAAUGUGGAGCUGGGUACCAAAUUUGGAAUUAAAUACGAAGGUGAUGCGAUGGUGAUACGUGGAGAUCCGACCUACAUGGGAGAACUAAAGAAGCUAGUGGAAGAAGGAAAAAUCAAAUAUAUCGGAUUAUCGGAAGCAUCAGCAUCAACAAUAAGAAGAGCUCAUGUUGUGUACCCAUUAACAGCCAUACAACUAGAAUGGUCGUUGUGGUCAAGAGAUGUUGAAGAAGAAAUCAUUCCUACUUGCAGAGAACUUGGGAUCGGAAUUGUUGCAUACAGUCCCCUUGGACGGGGGUUCCUCUCAUCUGGCCCGAAGUUGGAAGAUAGUGACAUCCGUAAGGUUUGUUGGUAUCUCUUUGAUUACCCCAAAGUGGCAUAA